AAAAAAGCGAAGUCAAACACAACUAAACCAAGCAAAGGCUAGGCAUAAGACACAAAGCUAGUCACAGAUUCACAGCCACAUCGACUCUCUUCAACUCAGGGCAAAAACGACUAAAAGGCUACACUUCAAGAUGCGUUUACCUCUGUUUCUUGUUCUUGCUGCAUUGGUUAUCACUACUGUUUAUGCAGCGAAAGACGAGGUCGAAAAACAAAAUGGUGAGCCUUUGACGGCAGAAGAACAAGAUUCUGUGAAUGAUGAGAGCGAACAGCAAGAUGGCGAGCCAUUAACACAAGAACAAGACCCAAUGAAUGAUGAGAACGAACAGCAAAAUGGCGAGCCUUUGACACAAGAACAACAAGACCAAAUGAAUGAUGAGAGCGAACAGCAAGAUGGCGAGCCAUUAACACAAGAACAAGACCCAAUGAAUGACGAAGCAGUCAAGCGAUUCCUGUUUUCCCGUCCAAAACCUAAACCAAGAGAACCAAAACGUCCAGUUGGCCCAAAAUUGGUCCCCAAAAAAGGCGAAACACUGGAAAAAGAUUUAUUCAUAGCGGCCAGGAAAGGAAAAUUGUAAUUGCUAAGAUUGAUCUACGCUUCAGGACAAUCCUCUUCUUUUUCAUUUCGUUUUCUGAUUUUAUAAGAGUUGGAAUGAUUUCAAUUGUUUCAAUACUUUAAAUUACCGAGAAGAUUUGCUUUUAAUUUGACUCUGAUUACUUAGCUAUGAUUGUAAGAUUACUGCAAUCGAAAUAAAUCAUUAUUCAGUUCAA